AUGUCGAAAAGGCUGAAGAACAAGCGACAGCUACGCGAGCUGGAAGAGCUCGAGGCCCUGCGUGCUGCGGAAAAGACUGUUACUCCCAUGCAGGACGAAUCGGAGGAGGAAGAGGAGGAAGAGGAGGCGGUCGACGCGCCCAAGGCAUUCAACCCCUUUGCUGCUCUUGAAGGAGAUGAAGAGCCUGAACAUGAAGAGGACGAGGACGAUGAGGAGGACGAGACUCCUGUGGCUGCCAAGAAGAAGUCCAAGAAGAAGAAGCCAAAGAAGAAGAAGACUGCCGCCACCGCGCUCGCUGCCGAGGACACUCCCUCGCCAGCAUCCUCCACGCCCAAGGGCAAGGGCAAGAAGGGCAAGGGAGGUUCUGCGCCGGCCGAGGAUCCACUUGAUGGCCUGGACGAGGUGGACCGCGCCCUCGCCGAGCUCAAACUCAAGUACGGUGAUUCGCCAGCUGCUUCGGCUGCGCCUGAGGCUGGCCCAUCGACCUCGGAGCAGCGCUCAGCAUUCGCAUUCCGCUCUCUUCUCUCUGUUGAACCCAAGAACCUCGAUGCCGACUUGGAGCUUCGCCGGUUCUUUGGAUCCAAGGUGAUCGCGUCGGCGGCACCCACUGCCCGUCGCGCUGCCAUCUCCAAGGCGCGCUACACUCUCGCCAAGCCCAAGCCUGGAUACCCACCACCGACCUCGCUUGCGGGCCUCAACAUGCACGAAAUGUCCGAGGAGGAUGUUGUUGACGCAUACGAACGUCGUGGGUGGGAACAGGUGGAUCUCGGAGAGAAGUGGUUUACGUUCGAGCACUCGCCUGCGUGGCGUGAGAUUGAGCGUCAGUUCCUUGGCGCCGUGAGGAGUCACGACCCCAACGAGCUCAUGGCACUGCUGCAAGUGUACCCGUGGCAUGUCGACACGUUGCUGCAAAUGUCCGAGGUCUACCGCCUUCAGUCUGACAUUGGUGCGGCGUCCGACUUUGCCGAGCGUGCACUGUACGCGUUCGACCGCUGUCUCGUUCCCGGAUUCAAUGUCUCGAGUGGAGCAUGCCGCCUCGACUUUGACUAUGUCGAGAACCGACCCAUGUUCACCGGUCUUCACCGCAUCAUCUCGUACCUUGGCCGCCGUGGAUGCUGGGUUACCGCAUUCAACUUUGCCAAGCUCCUCUUUGCGCUCGACCCGGAGGGUGACCCGCACGGCGCAGCCCUCUGGCUGGAUUUCCUUGCUGUCAAGUCGGGCAACGGCGACUGGCUCCUCGAAAUGCUGGACAUGCGGGAAUCAUCUCGCGCUGCAGCCCUGUGGCAUGGAUACCCUGGUAUGGGCUACAACCGUGCCCUUGCUCUGCGUGCCGACGAGGACUCAGCCAAGGACAAGAAGCACGAAAAGUCCACCGCCGCGCUCGUCAAUGCCAUCAAGACCUUCCCCGAGGUCAUUGUCCUUCUCGCCGACAAGGUUGGUGCCACCGUGCCCAACGGCGCCCGCUCCAACCCUUUGCUUCAGGUCGAGGCUGGCUUCUCCGACUCUCCCACCAUCCUCCUCCACCUCCUCGCACACAUCUACGUGGCGCGUAACGAAGCGCUGUGGAAGGAACCCUCCGUUCUCGCCUGGCUGGAAAAGACCAUUGCCCAGGCUAUGCCGCUGUUGGACGAAGGCUCUGCGCGCUCCCUCCGGGCCGAGGCGCACGCUAUUGCCCAAACUCCACGCGACCUUGGCGGCGACGGAGACCUCCCCAUCCCCCUCAACAUCUGCCGCCACGUCCUCUGCUCCGAGUCAACCUCCUGGGUCGGCUUCCUCCCUCCCCAAAUCACUUCACGCCCCUUCCACGCCUUUGACCCUCUCCCGCCAGCAACGGCUGUGACCUCCUACAACGCAGCCUACUUCAACCCCGUGGCGCGCGUGCGCGCGCGCGCAACGGGCGGUGCUGGCUUCCGCGGCCCGGCCGACGUCCGGAGACAGAUGUACGAGCGUUUCCUGGGUGAGGUGCGCGGCCUCAUUGGGCAGGAGCCCGAUGACUGGCCACCCCACCUUCAAGACACGUUCCGCGAGUAUGCUGGUGGCCGCGCACCGCAGGAUAUCCCCGUGGAGCAGCGUGCGGCCAUGGUGCGUGAUCUCGUUCGAAUGUGGGAGGAGGUCGUCCGCAGGUUGCAGAAUGGCGAGGACUUUGGCGAAAUGGUCGAAUAUGGAGAUGAGGACGAGGGCGAGGCUGGCGACAUGCCUGGAGCGUUCCCUCAGUGA